AGUUGCAUAUUACGAUUAGAAGCGGCCACCGCAUUGAGUAGUUUGUUCCACAUACUAAUUACGUGUUGUGUAUUUUGUUUUUUGCCGUAAUAAUUUGUAGUUAUUCUUCAAUUUUUUUUUAAUUUAUAAAUCUUAUAAAUGACACUCUUGUCUUAAGACAUACGAAUAAAUCGAUAUACUUUUUUAAAUUUUGUUUGAAAUUAUAUAUAAAAAAGUAAUUUUAAGCCAAACAUUCUACACAAAAGAUAAUUUAAUGAUGGCAACAGAUAAAAAAAAUUUCAAGCGGUUGCCUCAAAAUGUGAAGCCUGUCUUGUAUGACUUGUUUUUAAAACCUGACUUGCAAAAAUUCACUUUUGAAGGCAAAGAAACUAUUUCUUUAUAUGUAGUUGAGUCAACCAAAGUGAUUACUUUACAUGCAUUAGAUUUAAAAAUUGAAGAUGUUGAACUACAAGAAAAUGAUGGAUCUAUACUCAAACCAACCAUUUCAAUUUCUUCUAUAGAUGAAACUUUAACUUUGAAUUUUGAAAAAGAAUUAAAAAUGGGUGAAGCAUUUUUAAAAUUUGUGUUUGUGGGUGAACUUAAUGAUAAAAUGAAAGGAUUUUAUCGCAGCAAAUAUAUUAGAAAAAAUGAAUCCGGCCAUAUGGUCGAAUUAUAUGCUGCGGUUACAAUGUUAUGUACAACACAUGCGCGUAGAAUGUUCCCUUGUUGGGAUGAACCUGCUCUGAAGGCUAUGUUUGAUAUAUCUGUAGCUGUUAGUAACAUCUCUCAACAAGUUUUAACAAACAUGCCUGUAAUAUCUGAUGUAAUUGAAGAAAAUGGUGAUCGUUUAGUAAAAUUUCAAAGAACACCUAUUAUGUCAACAUAUUUAGUAGCAGUAGUAGUUGGUGAAUUUGAUUAUGUUGAAGAUAAAGAUUCUGAUGGAGUUUUAAUAAGAGUAUAUACACCAGUUGGCAAAAGUGAACAAGGAAAAUUUGCAUUAGAGGUGUCAAAAUGUGCUUUACCAUACUACAAAGAUUACUUCCAAGUAGCUUAUCCUCUUCCAAAAAUGGAUUUAAUUGCUAUUGCGGACUUUUCAUCUGGUGCUAUGGAAAAUUGGGGUCUUGUGACUUAUAGAGAAUCCUGUCUUUUAGUUGACCCAGCUAAUACUUCUGCUGUCCGUAAACAAUGGAUAGCAUUAGUUGUAGGACAUGAAUUAGCACAUCAGUGGUUUGGGAAUUUAGUAACAAUGGAAUGGUGGACUCAUUUAUGGUUAAAUGAAGGAUAUGCUUCUUUCGUAGAGUUCUUAUGUGUUGAAUACUUGUUCCCAGAAUAUGAUAUUUGGACCCAAUUUGUUACUGAUACUUACAUAAGAUCUUUAGAAUUAGAUGCUCUUAAUAAUAGUCAUCCUAUUGAAAUCCCUGUUGGCCAUCCCUCUGAAAUUGAUGAAAUUUUUGAUGAUAUUUCUUAUAAUAAAGGAGCAUCAGUAAUAAGAAUGCUGCACAAUUUUAUAGGUGAUGAAGAUUUUCGUAAAGGGAUGAAUUUGUACUUAACUAAACAUCAAUAUAGUAAUACAUUUACUGAAGAUUUAUGGGCAGCAUUAGAAGAAGCUAGUAACAAGCCUGUGAAGGCCGUGAUGUCAACUUGGACUUUGCAAAAAGGAUUUCCUGUUAUUACUAUUGAAAAAGAAGAAGAAAAUUCUGAUGGUUCUCGAGUACUAACUGUUUCUCAAAGAAAAUUUACAGCUGAUGGGCAAGUUGAUGACAAAGGUUCCUUAUGGAUGGUUCCAUUAACAUUUUCUACCUCACGUAAUCCAAACAUAGUAUGUCAUAAAGAUAUAAUGGAUAAAUAUAAAACAACUAUAACUAUUCCAGCUAAUAUUAUUGCUCCUGGAGAAUGGUUAAAAGUAAAUCCCAGUACUGUUGGAUAUUAUAGAACAUGUUAUACUCCUAAAUUAUUGAAAAAUUUCAUUCCAUCAAUAUCAUCUAAAACAUUACCCCCUCUAGAUCGUCUUGGAUUAUUAGAUGAUCUUUCAGCUCUUGUUCAAGCUGGUUUAUCUAGAACUGAUGAAGUAUUAGACUUAAUGUUAGCUAUGACUGAUGAAGAUAACUAUUCUGUAUGGUCAACAAUGAGCAAUUUACUUGGAAAACUUUCUAUAUUAUUAUCUAAUGUAGAAGGAGAAACUGAACAGCUAUUUAAACAAUAUAGUAGAAUUCUUUUGAAAAAAAUAGCAGCAAAAUUAGGAUGGAACCCAAAACCUAAAGAAAGCCAUUUAGAAACUUUGUUGCGUGGUUUAGUUAUAGCAAGAUUAGUAUUAAGUGCUGAUCCUAAUACUAUAGUUGAAGCUAAAACUAGAUUUGCUAACCAUUUAAGUGGAAAAGAAACUAUUGUUGCCGAUUUAAGAAGUCCUAUUUAUAAAGCAUGCUUAUCUAAUGGAGAUGAAACUACUUUUAAUCAGCUGUUACAACUUUAUAGAGGAACUGAUUUACAUGAAGAGAAAGAUAGAAUUUGCAGAGCCAUGGGAUCCUCCAAAAAUGAGGCCAUACUGAAAAAAGUUCUUGAUUUUGCUAUGUCUGAUGAAGUUAGAUCUCAAGAUACUGUAUUUGUUAUUAUAUCUGUUGGUGCCUCAAAGGUUGGUAGAGAUUUAGCUUGGCAGUUCAUACAAGAUAAUUGGACUAAACUAUUUAAUCAGUAUCAGGGUGGAUUUUUACUUACUCGUUUGGUAAAAAAUACAACAGAAAAUUUUGCGUCAAUUGAAAAAGCUGAAGAAGUUGAGAAUUUCUUCAAAAAAAAUGGUUGUAUGGGUGCUGAAAGAACUAUUCAACAAGCAUGUGAAACUAUUAGAUUAAAUGCUGCAUGGUUAAAAAGAGAUCAUGAUCAACUACAUAAAUUUCUUCAAGAAACUGUUAAGAAUGAAUGUAUAUAAAAAAAUUAUUGCUCAAACUUUGUGCCAGUUAUUUACUAAUAAGCAACCUCAUUCGGUCAUUGUUUGUUAACCAGUCAUUGUUUUAUUAAAAACUGAUGUAAUUGACUUUCAUUGGGCAGAAGUUCAAUGUUUUUCAAAUUAUUUUAAGAUAUAUUUUAUAUACUUUAUUUCAUAAUAUUAUUUAUCAAUAAUGCCUAAAUUCCACGGUUACUCUAUAUGUCCAUAUAUUAUUAUAUUUUUAAAACUCAUGCAACUUUAUUGCUACAAAUUAUAAAUAUUUAAUCUAAUAUACACAAUAUAUUGCUUUUUAAAAGCUAUCUUAUAAAUAAAAUUAUAAAUAUAAAUAAAGUAUAUUUUUAAACAAUUAUAAAUAA